AUGGCCUCAAGUGUUGUUUGUCAAUAUCCGAGCAAAUCACAAUUGCAGGAUGAGAAUUUUGAAGAUGAAAUGGUUGUAACAUCAGCAGCUGAUGAUGAUGGAAAGGAGUGUAAUGGAGCACCGAAAGACACAUCUCCUGUGAUUCCUGGGUGGUACGUUGAUGUUUCUUGGCCAGGAGAAGCACACAUAUAUAAAAUGGAAAAAAUCAUAUUCCAAGGGAAAUCAGAAUUCCAAGAGCUUCUUGUAUUUGAGUCAUCCAGACAUGGCAAGGUUGCAAUUCUGGAUGGGGAUAUCCAGCUGACAGAGAAUGAUGAGUUUGCUUACCAAGAGAUGCUCACUCACCUUGCACUCUGUUCCAUUCCAAAUCCAAAGAAGGUACUGCUAGUUGGAGGGGGAGAUGGUGGAAUUCUUAGGGAAAUAUCACGACAUUCUUCUGUUGAGCAUAUUGAUAUAUGUGAAAUAGACAAAAUGGUGAUUGAUGUUUAUAAGAAGUUUUUCCCAGAUAUAGCUGUUGGUUACGAGGAUCCCCGAGUGCAUGUUCAUAUCAGAGAUGGAAUUGCGUUCAUCAAAUAUGUUCCUGAGGGCACUUACGAUGUCAUUAUAUUGGAUGCUUUUCAACCCAUGGGACCUAUUGCGGAAGUUCUUGCUGAUAACUGCUUCUUAGAAUCAGUAGCAAAGGCUCUUCGGCCUGGUGGAGUGUUGUCUGCUCCAGCAGACAGCUUGUGGCUUAAGAACUUUGUAGUUGCGGAUACCAUAGCAAAAUGCAAGAAUAUAUUCAAAGGCUCUGUUAACUAUGCUUGGACCACAGUUCCUACAUAUGCAAGUGGGGUGAUUGGAUUCAUGCUUUGCUCCACGGAGGGUCCCCAAGUCAACUUCAAACACCCAAUAAAUCCAUUGAACCCAGAGCAAAAUGGUGUCGCAAAGGGACCUCCGAAGUUUUAUAAUUCAGAGAUCCAUGCUGCUGCAUUCUGUCUUCCUUCUUUUGUGGACAAGGUUGUUGAUUCAAAAUGA